AUGUCUCCUGUCAACGCCCUCUCCACCUCCGGUGUCGACAUGGACAAGGACGAGUGCCGUAUCUACGAGAACUGCUCGUACGCCGACGUUCUCGACGGCAAGAAGAUGUGCUUCUCCCCGACCUGGGUCCGCGCUGCGCUCGCAUGGUGCGCGAAGAAGCAGAUCUCGGCCCACUGCCUCCCGCAGAACACCAAGGAGCUGGUGGAAUUCAUGAAUGCCAUCGGCUGGAAAGUUGCCGAUCCGGACCUCUUUCGGGUCCUAAGCAAGAAACUCCUCACCUGGGUCACCCGCUGGAUUACUAACAAGCAUCUUUCCCCUGCUAUGAUCGAGGCCAAGAAAGACCCUACCCAAGUGCGUAUCGCGGACUGGGAGUCUGUUUGGGCCAACUACACUAUCGCUUGGGCCGAUCCUAGCUUCCACUUUGUUCUUGGCAAGACCUCUGUCGAGCCGCCCAAAGGUACGAGGACGUUGGCUCCGAGAGCGACCGUCUCGCGUGCCUACAAGCCCAUGGGCGCCUUGAUCGACGCCGCGGCGGAGUGGCUGACCUGCUAUGGGCGCGACAUGGACAAUGCGUCCGAUGAGGAAUUAGACGCAGGCACCUCGGUCGCCGCCGAGGAUUCUGAGCUGGAGGACAGUGGUGUGGAGUUGGAGUGGGAAGAACUUGUCGAGAAGGCCGUCCCUACCACCACCAAAGUCCCCACCACCACCAAAGUCCCCACCACCACCACCAGGGGACACCUCUUCAAAGUCCCCACCACCGACAAGGUCCCUACCGCCAAGAGCCACGGCGCUCAAGUCUCCAUCACCAAAGCCCCCGCCUCCCAGGCCCCCAUCGCCAAUGUCCCCAGCACCAAGGUCCACAAGCCCACCGAGUCCACCAGCCCCGCCAUCCCCGUCGCAUUCUUCGCCUCGGUCAUCGCCGACCCCCAUUUCGAAGACUGGUACCACGACAACGACACCUCCGCCCUCACUCCCGGCCAGGAGGCCAUCUUCCAGUUCGUCGAGGACAACGAACAAUUCAAGGACUGGUACAAGUCGGAGUUGAGGGCCAAGAUGAAGGCGGCGGCUUUGGAGCCCGACACUACUACGGCGUGGGAUCAAGGCGCUGCUGAUCUCGCUGCUCUGCUCGAGAAGGCGGUCAAGAAGACCAAGAAGACUCCCCACUCGGCCAAGAAGACGGUUCCCGUCGGCAACAAGAAGUGGAAGGUGCAGUUUCCCGUCUCUCCUCCUGGCUCCGUCGUGGGCGGUCGUGGCGCGAGGCGUGGGGAGGUAUUGUGA